AUGGACAGUGGAGAUGAGUUUUUCUUCCACCAUUUCAUUUGUUCAUCGGACGAUUCGUCGUCGGAUGAUGAAGAUCUUGUGGUGGCUGCACUGGUCGUUCACGACCACAUUCAACGGCAGCUUCCUCGGUAUAGGGGGUCACUCCCUGGCCGUGCUCCCAACCUGAACCGCAACAGGGAGAGAGGCCACGCCCUGCUCUAUGCCGAUUACUUUGCCAACACCCCGCUCUUCAAGCCGGAUAAAUUCCGUCGCCAUUUUCGAAUGGCAAGGCAUGUGUUCAAUCGUAUCCGAGAGGGAGUGGUUGCUCAUGACCCAUACUUCGAGUGCAAGACGGACGCCCUUGGCAAGCUUGGAUUCUCCUCUUACCAGAAAUGCACCGCGGCCAUCUGCAUGCUUGCAAAUGGAAUUCCAGGCGAUCUGGUGGAUGAGUAUGUGCGUAUGAGUGAGACAACAUGUCUGAUGUCAAUGUACAAGUUCUGCCAGGCUGUGAUCGAGGUGUUUGGCCCGGAGUACUUGAGGCAGCCAACUGCCGCUGAUACAGAGAGAUUGUAG